AAAUAGCUGUUAUUUCUCUGUCAGCUGAAACACACUCAGUGACUUUUACUGCAUUUUUUUAACUGCACAAAUCCCUUCCACUCCCCCCACCCACACCUUUUUUUUGUUUGUUUUACACUUCUUUUAUACCACAGGUCAAGCAGGGAGUGUGCCAAUAUUUUACGGGGAUAGUAAAGCGUUCAGCGCUGAGGAAACAGAACCAUUCUGCAGAAAGGACUUGCUGGUGGUUAAGCAGGCAUCUCUGCUCUCUCUUUCAGGAACAGACAGCUGGAAUAGUUGGAGCUGGUAAGUGAGCAACAGCGGAUGGAUGGGGAAGCGGGGCAGGAAUUCCCUCUCCAAACCUUUUGCCUUGGGAAUGGAUGGGAAAUGUUAGAGAGGGCUUGCUGGAGAGUAUAGGAAGUCCCUCUCCCCCCCUUAUUCAUUUACAGUGGUACCUUGGUUAAGAACUUAAUUCGUGCUGGAGCUGGAGGUUCUGAACCUGAAACUGUUCUUAACCUGAAGCACCACUUUAGCUAAUGGGGCCUCCUGCCGCGCCGCUGGAGCACAAUUUCUGUUCUCAUCCUGAAGCAAAGUUCUUAACCUGAAGCACUAUUUCUGGGUUAGCGGAGUCUGUAACCUGAAGCAUCUGUAACCCGAGGUACCACUGUAUUAUUAUAUUUGCAUCACACCUUAGUGCACAGUUAAACUGUGGAACUCCCUCCCAACUUGGAUGGCUUUAAAAGAGUAUUGGACAAAUUUGUGGAGAGGGCUAUCAAUGGCUAAUAGACUAGAUGAUGCCUUGCUCUGCCUCCAUAGUUGGAAGCAGCAACGCUUCCGAAUGCCAGUUGCUGGGAGCCACAGUGGUAGAGAGCUGCUUUCGUGUUCAGAUUCUGCCUGUGGGCAUCCCUUUGGGGCAUCUGGUCAGCCACCGUGAGUGUAAGGAGGUCCUACACACGAGUAGGAGUCCGGUAGAGACACAUGCCCGACUGGCAAAUUCUCUCCCUCCUGGUUGGUCGUUCGGGAGAUUCAAAAUCUUUCUCCAGCCCAAACAUCACAGCAAAUAGUACCUAAGUGUGGAAUGAUACUCCAAGUGUGUGUAUGUAAAUACAGUGGUACCUCGGGUUACAGACGCUUCAGGUUACAGACACUUCAGGUUACAGACUCUGCCAUAGCUGUCAACGUUUCCCUUUUUUAAAGGGAAAUUCCCUUAUUCCAAAUAGGAUUCCUCACAAAAAAAGGGAAAAGUUGACAGCUAUGGAUUCUGCUAACCCAGAAAUAGUACCUCGGGUUAAGAACUUUGCUUCAGGAUGAGAACAGAAAUCGCGCGGCCGCGGCGCAGCAGCAGCAGCGGGAGGCCCCAUUAGUUAAAGUGGUACUUCAGGUUAAGAACAGUUUCAGGUUAAAAAUGGACCUCCAGAACGAAUUAAGUUCUUAAUCCGAGGUACCACUGUAAAUGUACUUUAGCCAAAUUGCUGCGCUAUUGAGUCUGAACGCUGACUGCCUAUACUCUGCUGAUCCUGAAGUGUGCUGAUGCACCUUAGGUAUCAGUCGCUGCGAUGUUCAGGCUGGAGAAAGAUUUUUAAUCUCCCGAACGACCGACCAGGAGGGAGAGAACAUGCCAGUCGGGCAUGUGUCUCUGCUGGACUCCUACUCGUGUGUAGGACCUCCUGACAGUGAGAUGAUGAACUAGAUAUGCCUUUCGCUUGAGGCAGCAGGCUCUUCUUAUGUUCUUAGGAAUUCAUGUAGUGAUGGCCAUCAACCUUAAAAGGGGAUCGGAGAAAUCCAUGAAAGAUAAGGCGAUCAGUGACUGCUAUCCAUGAUGGCAAUGUUCUGCCUCCUCUUUUGGAGGCAGCAUGUCUCUGAGUACAAGCUGCUGGCAAUGGCAAGCAUGGAGAGCAAGUGAGGCCAGUGGCAGUUCUUGCAGUCUCAAAUUUCAGUGGUGCCCUGUGGGACACUGAAAUUUGGCGCUCUACCGCCUUGUGCCAUUGUAAAUCAGAGCUGCAAUGUUGCUGAGGCUCUGUGCCUGGUGCGACCAAACCAGUGGCGCUCCCCUAAGCCUUCCUCCACAGCUUCAAUGUGCAUGUGUGAAUCUGAUAGCCUUGGGAAGUGUAGUUCAGUGACAGAGACCCUGCUUUUUUAUGCAGAAGGUCUCCAGUUCAUUCCAUGAUGGCACCUCCAAGUAGAAUUGGGACUGUCCCCUGCCUGAAACCCUGGAGAGCUGCUGCCAGUCAGGGUUGACAAUCCUGAGCCAGGUGGAGCAGCGGUCUGGCUCCGUAUAAGACAGAAACAUGAGGACUGGAAUCUUGAUUUUCAUUUAGGGGAAGGGCUGCAGCAGGCAGAGCCUCUGCUUUGCGGGCAGCAGGUAGCAGCUUUAAUAGCUGCUAAUGGCAUCUGGGACGCGGGUGGCACUGUGGGUUAAACCACAGAGCCUAGGACUUGCCGAUCAGAAGGUCGGCAGUUCGAAUCCCCGUGACGGGGUGAGCUCCCGUUGCUCAGUCCCUGCUCCUGCCAACCUAGCAGUUCGAAAGCACGUCAAAGUGCAAGUAGAUAAAUAGGUACCACUCCAGCGGGAAGGUAAACGGUGUUUCCGUGCGCUGCUCUGGUUCGCCAGAAACGGCUUAGUCAUGCUAACCACAUGACCCGGAAGCUGUCUGCGGUCAAACGUAGGCUCCCUCGGCCAAUAAAGUGAGAUGAGCGCCGCAACCCCAGAGUCGGCCACGACUGGACCUAAUGGCAUCUCCAGGUAGGAAUGUCCCCUGCCUGAAACCCCCGUAUCUUCCUAUCAAUGCAGACAAUCCUGAGCUCAGUGAAUCAAGGGGCUGACAUGAUAGAAAGCAACUCCUCUUGCUCAUUUCCCAAAACUCUGGCUUGGCUGCUCUGAAGAAACGGAAUGCAGGGCCAGAUGGACCUUGGCCUUAUCAAUGGAGGCAAUUGUUGUGCCCUUUUAUUAAGAGGAGGGUGACUAAGUUUCCCUCUCCCUUGCAGAAGGCCAGCUCUCCUGUGUGGUGGGAGCCAGAGAGGGAACAAUGGGGAUGCAGCCUUGCCAAGUCCUUGCCCCGAGUCCAGAACAGAGCGCCCCAUGGGAACGGCACAUACAGUGGCAUUUGGAUUUAAGUCUUCAUUGUGUCACAUACCAGGGUCAACCUCCGUUCAGCUGACCUGGGAGGGCUCACCAGGUGCUGGCUGGUCACCAAAGCCUGGCUCUUGUCUUCCAGAUUUGCCCAGGCAUGACAGACGUGGAAUUUGGCCGGAUGUCCGUCAAGGAGCUGGAGCUGGAUGGCAAAAGCAGCCCCCCGCAGCCCCACUGGUUUGAGCAGUACGUCCAGCCUUGCAUCGGAGAGCUGGUGGGGUCGGCCUUCUUCAUCUUCAUUGGCUGUGCAUCGGUCAUCGAGAACACGGAUGGCACCGGGAGGCUGCAGCCGGCGUUGGCACAUGGACUGGCCUUGGGGCUCACCAUUGCGGUUUUGGGGAACAUCAGGUGAAGGAAAGAGGGGAGGUGGACUUGCAGCAGGGGCAGAGGGGCAGGAACAGGACUCUUGGGUUCUCUCAGUUCCCAGGGAAGGUGGCUGUUCCUGCAAAGGCUUCUGGGAGUUUUUGCAAGGCUUAGGCAUCUCCAGCCAGAUCUUUUUUGGGGUGGGGUGGGGAGGGAUGGAUGGAUGGAUCUGUCAAUUUCUGUUUCUCCUUUUUCCAAUCUUAACGUCAGUUCUCCACAUUUCCUUAUCAGUUUGCAAUUUAAAAAGGAAACCUCAUGACAAUUCAUCAGCAUUUUAGGGCAAAUCUAUUCGAAUAUGCACAUAUUUGCCUGCAAUUUUGCCUAAUGGAAAAGUGAUUUCCUGUCAUAUAAUGCAUUUUUCAUGUCACUUUCAGUCGUGCAUUUCUGAACACACAUUGUUAGGCUGGAGAAAUGCAUUGCAAAAUCCAGAGAAGGGUAAAAAUUUUGAAGAGUCGCUGUGCUUCUGUUCAUAUAAUGUUUCACAAAGUGAGAAUUAGGUGGCUUCACCCUUAAAUGUGAGCUGAACUGAAUGUCUGGCCCCUGUGGAAACCUGAGCCUGCCAGUGAGAGGACAGUUCUGUUCUUACUUCUAUGUCCUGAGAUGGCAGCAGGAAUGGCGUUCCUCCUUUCCCCCUGCCAGGCGAAGUUUAACUGAAAGGGGCCAAGAGAGAUCUCUCAGGGGGUUGUAGACCCUGAUGUGGGAAGCCAUCCUUCAGCAAGCAGCUUCUGGCAGUGGGAUGGAAGGAAAGCGGGGGUAGACGUCCAAUCGGGAUCUCCUGGCAUAUCUCUGGGUGAUUCUCAGUAGAUCCGUCAUGAACACAGGAACAUAGAAAGCCAUCACUGAACAGCAGCAGCAACAAAAUAAAUUUCUCCCUACCUGAAUGAGGCAGCUAAAAUGAAGAAAGUGAGAGGGAGAGCGGACUUUUGUGUGAAAGCUCUGUGAACUCAAGACAGUUCCGACACUGAAAGGAUAUCCUUAGAAUAUCCAGAAUGUGCUCAGAGACAUCCUUUUUUUAAAAGAAGAAGAUGCUCAACCCUGCCUCCAAGGUCUUAAGCAGAAAGGAGAGGAAGUGUUGCCUAUCAGGCAACCUUGAGAUGGUUGGGUACCAAUGAAUCCCAAUAGGAGGCCAGGAGCUAAUUUGGAAGGGUCUGUGGUCACCUCUGAAUCUGAUUGAGGUGAGGCUGCGUUCUGGAAUGGGGACAGCCAUAUUCCAAAUGUCUCCAAUUCGAACUCCAGCUCCCCAGCUGGAAUGGCAGUAGGGUGACUGGCCCAAAAAGGGUUAAUCUUUUUGCCUCUUGACACAAGGGACAUUUGCCCUUAAAACUUUGCUCUCCUUGAUUAAUGGAGUAAACAAGUCCCUUUCAAUCAGGACGUAGGGCUGCCAUAUGUCCGGAUUUUCUUGGACAUGACCAGGAUUUCAAAGGCAGAAUUGACAUCUGGGGGGAAUUUUUUGAAAGGUGGCAUUUUGUCCUGGAUCUUAGGCAAGUCAAUAAAAGGAAAUAAAUCACUUUUUUGGCAUUUUGGGGGGAAAAACCUGCUCAAUAACUUUGGGGUUUGUCUUAAAAAAAGCUCAAUCAUUUUCAGGUCCCCACCCCAAAAAGCUUUUACUUUUUGAAAUAUGGCAAUCCUAAACCCUAGUCACCUGUAGUUUACGAUCUGUUUCUCCCUCCCUCUUUAUCUGCUUGUCGGUAACAUCAGUGCAGAAGGGACUUAGUGCAGAAGUGAUUCUUGGGCCUCACAACAGGGGAGGUGAAAGCUCAGGUUAUAAACUGUUUAUGUCCUCUCAGAAGUAACUGCUGGUAAUGAUAACGUUAUGUGCAGAGUGCACUGUGAUCUUGGAGCAGCAAAGGUUGUGUGUGUCCAUUGGGCCCCUCUCAGCACAUAUUCUAGCCUGUGAAUGUCCUUCUUAAACUGUGGUGCCCAGAGCUAGAUGCAGGACUUCAAAUGGGGUCUGACCAAGUCAGAAUAGAGUGGUACUAUUACUUCCCUUGAUCUGGACACCAAAUAUAUUUGCAUGCAGCAUGAGAUAUUUUUGCUGCAGCAACAGACUGGUAAGCUUGUUGUCUACUAAGAUCCCUAGGUCUUUCCCCCCUCUCCUAUAUUUGUGCAUCUGUCUGUGCAGUAGGAUAGAGUACACCAGGGGUCAGCAAACGUUUCCAGCAGGGGGCCAGUCCACUGUCCCUAAGACCUUGUGGGGGGCCGGACUAUAUUUUGAAAAAAAAUUAUGAACAAAUUCCUAUGCCCCACAAAUAACCUAGAGAUGCAUUUUAAAUAAAAGGACACAUUCUACUCAUGUAAAAACACACUGAUUCCCAGACCAUCUGCAGGCCAGACUGAGAAGGUGAUUGGGCUGGAUUAGGCCCCCGGGCCUUAAUUUGCCUACCCAUGUACUACCCUAUUCCUUCCCAGGAGCCCUCUAACAAUGCUCUCUCUCCUCUCCUCCCUACAGUGGUGGCCAUUAUAACCCUGCGGUCUCCCUCGGGGCCUGGCUCGUGGGUGGGCUGAACAUGGUGAUGGUCAUUCCUUACUGGAUCUCCCAGUUGUGCGGUGGGCUCAUCGGAGCCGGACUGGCCAAGGUAUGAUCGGUGAUGGGGCUGGAUAGGGGAGGGGGAAGGACAGCAUCUGUCAAUGGGCAUGUGUGAAGGUUUGCUUCUUGGGAUGGCAUGGCAUUGCCAUAAUCAGAGGCAGCAGUGGAUGGCAGGUCUCUGUUGUUCUCCCAAGCAUGCCCCUCUGAAAAAUACCCAAAGAACAUCAAUUAUGAUAUCUGUUAAUGCAGCAGGAGCUGCUUAGUGCUUAGUAUGUGCUUAGGACUCACAGCUAAGGAUGGCAGGACCCUUCAGUUUUCCUUCUCCCACUUUCUCAUUUUCCCAGUCUGAAGUUCCGUUUUCCAGAUUUCUGCAGCAAUUUGUGAAUUAUUUUUUUUAAGAAAAAUUGUCAUGAAAAUGCAUCAGCAAUUGCUUGCAGAUUUCUCCUAAUAUACACAUUUUCAAUGCAGUUUUGACACACAUUUUUGCAAGUAGUAUAAUGCAUGCUUUUGUAUGUUAUUUUCAACAGUGUAUUAGCUUCUGUGCAUACUUUCCCCUAAUGUGUGCAGUUUUGUAGGGUUGCCAUAUCUUGAAGAGCAAAAAAGAGGACAGCCUGAGCUGCUGCCAGCCUGAGCUGGAGAAUGAGGUACAGGGGUGCAGGUGCACGGGGCUGCUGCUGUGCCUACAUGCCUAUUUCCCCAGCUCGGGCAGGCAGCAGCCAUGGCAUGCAGAGCAGCCUGCGCCCAAGUCCAAGCCCAAGCCAAUGCCACCCGCACCCAAGUUGCCUGUGCCUUUACCAGCGCCCACACCCGCCCCAAGUCCGUGCCACCUGAGACCCGACCAAAACAAUACAAAAUUUUUAAAAAACAAAAAACCCAAAUCCCAGACAUUUCCUUUCAUAUGUGAAAAUCCCCCUCCCCAAGAUGGUCAUAUUGGCCCCCCAAAAGAGGGCAUGUCAGGGAUUUCCCAGAUGUAUGGCAACCCUAAGUUUUGCAAACAUCAGUUGUAUGGAGAACAGCAUUUGGAUCGGUGCAGAUUUGGAAAGAUGGUUCUGUAUUUCAUUUCUCGUGUUGUUUGCUCCACUGUCAAAGGACUUCCAGUGGCAACAGUAUGAAAAACAACCAAGUGGUCUUAGAGACGGAGACCAUGCCAUACAGGAUGGGACUAAAAUGUGGGUGGGUGGGUGAGGGGAACCCAAUAUGUCCACACCUACUUUUGUAUCCCUUGUGCAUCUGAAAUUAAAUUUGGAAGCCUCUAAAUCUGUUGCAGGUGAUGACCGUCUGGGAAAGGUAUGACAAUGCCACUGGGGCGGCGUUCACCUCCAUCACCUCGGACGACCAAAUCCCCGCAGCUCUGGUGGGUGAGAUUGUGAUGACCAUGUUCCUGGUCAUGACGGUCUGCAUGGGGGCCAUCAACGAGAAGACCAAGACCCCCCUGGCUCCUUUCUGUAUCGGCUUCACCGUGACGGCGGACAUCCUCGCAGGGUGAGUUUGGCUGGCAUUCCUGCAAAAGUCCAUGGUGGGUCAAGAUGGGGGAGGGGAAAUGUAACUGGCCGGUUGACAUUGUCUACUUUGUGCUCUCUGUCUGAGGAAGGGGCUCAUGGCAGAAAGACAGGGCAAUUGCUUUGAGUCAAGUGGGGUGCCAGGUAGGGCUGGAAGUCUUCUUCGUUUGGUCCCUAUUAGAAAGGGAGCUGAUGUAAUUCACCCCUCCCAGACUAAUACACGGACUGGAACGUAAUUAUCCUUUGGAUUUCACAAUACUCUGAAUUUUCAGAUGCAAUUCUCCUCUCAGAAGAACAUACCAAAAUGCAUUUGUUUUUAUAAAAAAGCAUCAGCUUGAUUCAUCACUGAAAUACAGUGGUACCUUGGGUUACAGACGCUUCAGGUUACAGAUGCUUCAAGUUACAGACUCCGCUAACCCAGAAAUAUUACCUCAGGUUAAGAACUUUGCUUCAGGAUGAGAACAGAAAUCGUGCAGUGGUGGCGCGGCGACAGCGAGAGGCCCCAUUAGCUAAAGUGAUGCUUCAGGUUAAGAACAGUUUCAGGUUAAGAACGGACCUCCAGAACGAAUUAAGUUCUUAACCCAAGGUACCACUGUAUUGGCUUGAGAAUAAGCUGUAAGGUGUAUUUGGAUAGAUGCAGCCCUUUGUUUCCUCAACCUGCAUUUCAAUGCUCACAUUCCUUGCAAAGACACUUAGAGUUGGAUCCCAGGGAGCUGUUCCUGGCUGAUAAUGCGGAAAGCUAUCAGCAAGGGCUAUGUUCUCCCUCCACUGUCAGAGGCAGGAUUCUGCUCAGUCCUAGUUGCUGGGACUUGCACUCUGGCCCUGCUUACGGGCUUCCCAUUGGGGCAUCUGCUUGGCCACUGUAAGAAUGGGAUGCUGGACUAGAUUCCUCCCCCAGUUUGAUCCAGCAGCCAGGCUCUUCUUAUGGAACCUCCAGGUCCAGAGGCAGUCUACCUUGAUUCUGAGGUUCUUAGGAGUAUUUGGCCACUGUGAAAGCAGAAGGAGACGGGACUGUUUUGGCUGAUCCACCAGGGCUCCUUACGCACUUUUGUGCUCUCAAGCCAGCCUCAGUGCUGACAUCACAUGCUCAGUGCCAGUGUCCUUCAUUCGAAUCCUGACAGCCAGCAGCAGAUUGCCUGUUGGGUCUCCUUGCCUUGCUUGCAUCCGCUAACCAGAACGGACAGUUAUCAAGGCAAAAAAAGGUUAUUCAGCCACCAGCCCUGCUCCCCACCUUUAGUGAGAGAUGAGGCUUUUGCUUAAACACUGAGAAGGGCUUCAGACACCAGGAUUGAUCUGUCGCUGACAGAUGGGUGUAGGGAUAAAAUCCUGCGGUUUCCCUUUCACAUACGGUUGUCGGCAAAUGGUAAGGAGCUCUCACACCCGGCUCUGAAAUGUGCCCCCCUCUUGGGAAACGGCAGCUCUGCUUUCACGGAGGCUUUGGGAUAUAUUAUGGGAUGUUUGCUCAGCAUUGACCUUUGAUACACGGCUGCUCCUUUUCUUUGCCCGCCAUGCAGGGGAGGUGUUUCAGGAGGCUGCAUGAACCCAGCCAGAGCGUUUGGUCCUGCACUGGUCGCCAACUACUGGGACUACCACUGGGUGUACUGGGUCGGUCCUAUGGUGGCCGGACUCCUUGUUGGUGCAUUGAUAAGGUAGGUAGAUGGGGGGGGUGUUUCCACUUCCCAAAGUGAGGGGGGAGGUGGUAAUGUGAGUGGAUGGAAAGCUCUUUUUGUGGGUUGAGAUAGGAGUGCAAGUCUUUAAUAAUGAUGAUGAUAAUAAUAAUAAUAAUAAUAAUAAUAAUAAUAAUAAUAGCAUUUAUAUCCCACCUUCCCCCCCCCCCAAGGAGCUCAUGGUUCUCCCCCUCCUCAUUUAAUCCUCACCACAACCCUGUGAGGUAGGCUAGGCUGAGGGGCGGUGACUGGCCCAAGGUCACACCCAGUGAGUUUCAUGCCAGAGUGGGGAUUUGAACCCUGGGUUGGAUCUACACACAGGAAAAAAUAUGCUAUAAAUAAGUCAGAAAUUAAAUUGUUGUAACAAAAAAAAAAUCUAGGUAAAAAUCGCAUAGAAAAAAAAUUGUUUGCUCUCUGGUGCCAUCUGGUGUUGCAUGUUUGUAAUGCAUUCAAAGCGUUUUUUGACUAAUGUAGCUGAGUCCCUGGCCUCCCACCCUGUUCUGAUUAUACCACACUGGCUCUAUCUCACAGAGCUUGGGGCCUCUGAAUCAAUGUCACCAGCUACUCUUUGGGGGCCACAUCAUGCUCCCAACUUCACCAGAGAUUGCGCCACACUGGACUGCUGAGCUCCAUUCUACAAUCAUAGUGUAGCCCAGUCAUUCCCAACCUGGUGCCCUUCAGAUUUAUUUUAUUAAAUUUAUAAACAUACUUAUGAAAUGCUCUGAUUUUUGUUAAAACAAAAACAAAAAAAACAGAGCAGUUUGCCAUUCUACAAUUCAACAUAAAACCAGACAAGAAAUAUAAUAUAAAAAGGUAAAAUGGGAAAAUUUGCUAGUUGUUAUGGAAAGAUGUAUUCUUAGUUGCCUGCCGAUGUCUGAUAGAAUAGAAAAGUUUUCAGUAGGCAUUUAGAAGUUGAAACUGUUGCUGAACUGCAACUCCCAUCAGGCCCCUGAAGCAAAGCCAAAGCAAUGCUUCUGAAUGUCAAUUGCUGGAAACCACAUGAGGGGAGGGUGCUCUGUGUUCAAAUCCUGCUUGCUGGUUCCCCUAGGUUUCUGAUUGGCCACUGUGAGAACAAGAGGCUGGACUAGAUGGGCCCCCUUUGGAGGGGGAGACUCCCUGGCUUCUUCAGCAGUCUGCCUCAUCUCUAUCUCUUGAGGCCUCCACUCCUGCUUCUGAUUUUGGACUGCUCUCUGCCCCAGACUCUUCCCGCUCACUAAACCAUUACCUCUUAUGUUUCCGACAUCUCCUCCUCUCAGUCUGCUAUCUCUUCUCCCUCUGUCCACUCAUUGUCAUCUCACCACCAACCCCGUGGUUCUGAGCCUUCCUCCCUUGGGGGUUCCCUAACCAGUCCCUCCCACCACUCCUCUACAUCCAGCCAGCCCACGACAUUGGGCCACUGACCUGACCCAGAAGCCUGUUCUUAGAUUCUUAUGUUUAGAGUAACCCAUCCUCCCCAGCUGCUAUAAAUGGAGCCUAGGAAUGCCCUCCCCCCAAAGUACUGAUUCUAACUGGUUCAUCCUUUUGUUCCUUCAGGACUCUGAUUGGGGACAAGAAAACCCGCAUCUUCCUGAAAUGAGCAUCCUCUGAGCAGGCUCCAGCGCUGGGCAGCACAACAUCAACAGACCGCUGCUCCAGAGCUCUCCAACAACCCUCCACUUCUCAACCUCUGCUUCCCCGUUUCCUUCGUGGCCAAGGUCUUGGGCGGCCCCUACCUGGAGGAGACAGGCAGGCUCCUGGACCGUUCUGUUGAGUGCUGCUCUCUACUAUUUAAAGCAAGGGGGCUCCUUCUCCCCGUGCAUUGCUGCUAGGGAAACCCAAGCAGAGAGAGUUGCUGCUGUUGGGCUCAGGGUCUGCAUUGGCCGGCCACAGUGAGACCAGGAUGCUAGGCUAGGUGGCCCCUGUCGGCCUGACCCAGGAGCUGGGCACUUCUUACGGUCAUAUGUUCUCAACGCUGUUAAGGAUAUUGGACACAGACACCAUCAGCAACCUCAUUGAUCCAGAUGGUGGCUCUCCUCUGGGCAAGUUCCACUGGAAUACCCUGGAGCUCUUGGGCUGCACCUGGGAAUCUGCUGGCCCAGCUCACCCACAUUCCACUGGGGCUUGCACAAGGCCUCGUGUAAAUUGAUCAGUCCGAAUUUUAGUAUGAAUUUUCCCCACUGUACACAUUUUCGGGAAGCAAUUUCCCCAUAUAUAAUCUUUUUGUGUGUGCUGUUUUCACUGUAAUAUAGCAUAUGCAUUAUUGUAUACACUACAGAACAGCAUUGUAUACACUACAUUGUAUACACUACAGAACAUCACUACAGAAAAUUCAGAGAGGUGCAUAUUUCAAGGGAUAAUUGAAUCUGUCCAUUUUGGUGUCUCUCAGUUUCUCCAGUCUUAGAUUCAGAUCUUUGCAUUUCCAAAUCAUUCUGCAUUUUUUUUUUUUAAGUCCUCAUGAAAAUUCACCAGCGUUUUAAUGUGAAUUUCUCCUAACUAGCAUGUUUGUAUGCAAUUUUGCUUAAUGUACACAUUUUUGCAGAGCGAUUUUCCCCAAUACAGUGCAUUUUUUGUAUGUUGUUUUCCCUAUUAUAUGCAUCCCUAUGCACACUUUACUCAAGCAUAUUGCUUUAUUGAUGAUUUGCUAACCAUUUCAUACAAUUUGUGUUGUAUUUGUGAUGUUCCAGUAUGUUUUGUUACUGUUAUUGUUGUUACUGUUUGUAAGCUGCUUUGAUAUUCAUUUGAAUGAAAUACAACAAAUCAGUUUG